UAGACUGAGUGAUGCUGAGACUGGGUCAGGGACAUGAACGCCUGUCCUGUGGUAUGGUCCUUCAGGUGCUGAACCAAACAGAGGACCAUCGUCAGCGAGUGCUGCAGGCUGCUUCAAAGACCGUCCGUGUGUGGUUCAUCAAGGUGAGGAAGAUGAAGGCCAUCUACCACACACUCAACCUCUGCAACAUCGAUGUCACGCAGAAGUGUCUGAUCGCUGAGGUGUGGUGUCCCGUCUCAGACCUGGACUCCAUCCAGUUUGCCCUACGCAGAGGAACGGAGAGGAGCGGAUCCACAGUGCCGUCCAUUCUCAACAGAAUGCAGACCAAGCAGACUCCGCCCACCUUCAACAAGACCAACAAGUUCACGUCAGGAUUCCAGAAUAUCGUUGAUGCCUACGGCAUCGGGAGCUACCGGGAAAUUAAUCCAGCCCCGUACACCAUCAUCACCUUCCCCUUCCUGUUUGCCGUUAUGUUCGGUGACAUGGGUCAUGGCACGCUGAUGACCUGCGCCGCCCUAUACCUGGUCAUCCGAGAGAGCCGCCUCCUCUCCCAGAAGAGUGACAAUGAGAUGUUCAACACGGUGUUCGCUGGCCGCUACAUCAUCCUGCUGAUGGGAAUCUUCUCCAUCUACACCGGCAUCAUCUACAACGACUGCUUCUCCAAGUCAGCUCAACAUGUUUGGUUCUGGCUGGAGUGUCCGGCCCAUGUUUGGUUCUCGAGGAGCCAACUGGUCGUUUGAAACCCUGGAUGAAAAUGCAGUUCUACAGCUGGACCCAGCUGUUCCCGGGGUGUUCAAUGGACCGUAUCCACUCGGGAUAGAUCCGAUCUGGAACCUGGCGACCAACAAGCUGACCUUCCUCAA